AUGUCUGAAGAUAUAGAUACUUUACAAACAAAAUCAACAACAAAUAUUAAUAUAAAGAAAUUAGAUGAUUUAGUUGAUCUUUCAACUAAAUUCUUUUUUAAAUAUAAGAAUAAAGCAGUAGAAGAUCAUAAUGAAGCAACACAAAUACUAAACAAGUUAAAUAGUAGUAGUAGUAGUAGUAACUCAACUGAAACAACUUAUGUUUGCAAUACUCCUUUACCUUCCAACCCCUCUAGAGCAGAUCAAGUUUACUUCUUAAAAGACAGAGUAAAAAUCAUUCCGCUUCAAGGGUACUAUGCCUUGAAUGAAUAUGUAAAUGAUCCAUUGUUUCUUGUUAAUAACCCUGGUGAUACAGAAUACAAUGAUGCUGUCUCCAAAUCAAUUACAACAUAUCAACAAUCUAGAGCUAUAAUACUAAUGGAGUUUCUAAAAUCUUCAUGUUUCAUACUUAGAUUACAACUCAAUGAUAAUAAUAAUAAUAAUAAUAAUAAUAAUAAUAAUAAUAAUAAUAAUAAUAAUAAAAAUAGAAUAGUUGAAAAUCUAGUGUUAGGUAGUGCUUAUACACCAAGUAACCUAAUCGAUUACUUUGAAGCACAAUCACAAACUAAUUCUAAAAGGAUAUGUAAGCCUGUAAAUGUAGAGCACAAGUUCGACCGACACGGUAUGAUGGGUCCUUGUGAGUGUUAUCUUCAUACGGUUUCUUAUGAAUUCAUAGGUGAUGACAACUACGGAGACGGUCUUCCACUAUUAGAGACUGCAGUAUGGCAACAAGUGGUCUGGCCAGAAGGAGAUGACAGCCAACUCAUUCAAUAUAUCUAUACGAAAGCAAAGUUUGACAUCAAUAUGGUCACUGGUCUGGUUACAUUCUCUGGCGAGUUUAAAAAAUUCAAAUUAAUAUGUGAAUCUAUCAACAACGGUCAUAAUCAACAAAUUACACUUGAUUAG